GGCUGAAGCUGAAGGAGCGCUGUGAGCUCCACAGUAGAAGAAUCAGGUUGACGUCUGCAGAGCUCCUGCACAGCCUGCCCACAUGGAGCUGCCCCCGAGCAACGACACCCUGCACCUCUAGGAGCUCCCACAGCACCGUCUUGUGUCUCUCCUCGAGGGAGGGGGGGGGGGUCCUGCAAGAUCACUUUCCCUGCACCGCUGAGGUGGAACGAGCGCCAGAGGAUUCCUGUUGUAUUUUACCCUGCUCUUCUUUUUCGAGUCGUCCGUUUCUCCUUUUUUUUUUUUUCUCCCUUCCGCCUCUCGAAGUCUCGCUUUUUUUCUGGAGGGUGGAGGAGGAGGGGGGGGGUUACUUUUUAAUAUUCCUUGCAGAAAGGAAAGAAGAAGGGCGCUGCUGUUGGCACGAGUCUCGCUGCUCGCCCAGCACCCAUGAAUUCAGAUAAAAAUGUGUACCUCGGCAGAGACAAAGGCAUCAUGCGGAAGAGAGCUUUGCUCCUUCGGAAAGGUUGCAGCUCCGAGAUUACCAGCUCGGCCUCGGAGGACUUGGGCUGCAGACGCGGGGACUUCAGCAGGAAGCACUAUGGUUCGGUGGAGCUGCUGAUUUCGAGUGACGCAGAUGGGGCCAUUCAGAGGGCAGGGCGCUUCAGGGUGGAGAAUGGCUCGUCGGAUGAGGCGUUGGACUACACGCCAGGAACCUGGAGGAGAACCGAUGUCCAUCUGGAGAAUCCAGAGUACCACACCAGAUGGUUCUUCAAAUACUUUCUGGGAAAAGUCCAUCAGAACUACGUGGGUACAGAUGCAGAGAAGAACCCCUUCUACAUGUCAGUCGUCCUGUCGGACCAGAACAACCAGCGGGUUCCUCAGUACAGAGCCAUCCUCUGGAGAAAGACGGGCACCCUGAAGAUCAGCCUCCCCUACAGCCCGACCAAAACACUAUCAGUCAAGUCCAUCCUGAGGUGAGAAAAUGUGAACCGUGUAAUGUUCGAGAAAGUGCCCUAGGACAUCCCCCGCCCACACAAUGAGACAGAUCUGUUGGUGCUCGAGGAACAGGAGGGUUCCGUCAACUUUAAAUUCGGCGUCCUGUUUGCCAAAGAUGGACAGCUCACAGAUGACGAGAUGUUCAGCAACGAGACGGGGAGUGACAGCUUCGACAAGUUCCUCACUCUGCUGGGCGACGCCGUCACGCUGCAGGGGUGGGCCGGCUACCGCGGAGGGCUGGACACCAAGAACGACACUACGGGAAUCAAGUCCAUCUACACGGUGUACCAGGGCCACGAGCUCAUGUUCCAUGUGUCCACCAUGUUGCCCUACUCCAAAGAGAACAAGCAGCAGGUGGAGAGAAAGAGACACAUUGGAAACGACAUCGUCACCAUAGUAUUCCAGGAAGGGGACGACGCUUCGUCGUCCUUCAAGCCGUCUAUGAUCCGAUCGCACUUCACCCAUAUCUUUGCGUUAGUUAGGUAUAAUAGCCAGAAUGACAGUUACAGGUUGAAGAUUUUCUCGGAGGAGAGCGUUCCGCUGUUUGGACCCCCUCUCCCAUCUCCGCCUGUAUUUACUGAUCACCAAGAAUUCAGGGACUUUUUAUUAGUCAAAUUAAUCAAUGGAGAGAAAGCCACACUGGACACGCCCACGUUUGCCCAGAAGCGUCAGCGGACCCUGGACAUGUUGAUCCGCUCGCUCUACCAAGACCUCAUGCCUGACCUACACAAGGUUCCUUUUUCCCCCCAGAACAUGUUGAACCGGCGGUCCUUCAGCGACGUGCUGCCUGAGUCACCCAAGUCGGCGCGCAAGAAGGAGGAGGCGCGGCAGGCCGAGUUUGUUAGAAUAGGGCAGGCUCUGAAGCUGAAGACCAUUGUGAGAGGAGAUGCCCCAACCAGCCUUGUUACCACCGGCCUUUGCAGAAAAGAGCCAUGGGAGUCCCAGUCCUUCUGCAGCACAUUCCCCUAUGAGAUCGUGUGUGCCGACUCCUGGGGUCAGUCCCUGCUGGCUGCCACCGAUGCGGCCGGGGUCCUGCUGCUAGAUGGUCCAGAUGCGGCCUCGCCCAACGCUGAGACGCAGGCCGUGCCGCCAGUCCAGGUGUUUGACAAAACCAUGGUGGUGAAGCAGGUGCACGUUCUGGAGCCUCAGGAUCUGCUUAUCACCAGGGCCGACAAAGGUGAGCCGAGGGCACAAAACAUCCCCGAGUCUGCUCCCCCCCAACGUGGAGCCGUCCCCCGUCUCCCCUUCAUUCAUUCCUCAUUUCAACAGCUUUUACAGCUUAUUUUUCACGCUCCUCUAUCUUACAUCAUCUCUGCCAUCUCUCGCUGUGAAGUUGAGUACAUGCUCACCGCUUCCACCUCCGCGGGUACAGUGGACACAUUGAUCUCCGCCUGUGAUCUAAGGAAGCUGACCUACAGAGAACCAAUCCCUGUCGAGGGUGUGUGUGUGUGUGUGUCAAAGAGUGUGCCUGUCUCAAUGGACAACAAAGCAGGGGUGAUAUUUGAAGCUGAUGUAGCUAUCAUUUCUUUCAUCUUCGUGCUCAUAAUCUUCUUUUUAGUACCAGGCUGUCAUAGGUACUCCAUCAACACCCACCACGGCUCAGAGCUGAGGAUUGUGGCCGCCAUCAGGAACAAACUCCUCCUCAUCACCAGGAGACACCCGCGGUUUGAAGGCGUGAGCGCCGUCGCCCCGGCAGCGGACUCCCCGGUGGAGGAGUUUCAAUACAUAAGGGAGAUCUGUCUGUGCGACCCGCCGGUGGUGAUGGCGCUGGUGGACGGGCCGACGGGGGAAAACGACAAUAUGAUCUGUGUGGCCUACAAGCACCAGUUUGACCUGAUCAAUGAGAGCACCGGCGACGCCUACCGGCUGCAUCACGUGGACGCCAACAGGGUAAAUUUUGUGGCAGCCAUCGAUGUGUAUGAAGACGGAGAGGCGGGUCUGCUGCUGUGUUACAACUAUAUUUGCUACUACAAGAAGGUUUGUCCAUUUAACGGCUCCACACCGAUGAUCCAGUCCAACACCUCCGACUUCCACUUCAGCUGGAACCAGAUGCCAAAUGCUAUUGUUUGUGCAUUUCCUUACAUCCUGGCCUUCACAACGGACUCCAUUGAGAUCCGGCUGGUCGUUAACGGCAACCUUGUGUACACAGCAGUGGUCCCGGAGCUACAGUUGGCUGCCUCGCGGUCAGACAUUUAUUUUGUCUCCUCGGCUCCGGUGAGCUCAGCCUCCAACUGCAGCUCGAGAGACACGAGCUCGCAGAGUUCCCCUCAGACGCCCACCGGCUACGAGAUGCCCGUGUUCCCUUCGCCGCUCGGUGACGAUUCUAUACGGAUCCCCUAUGGUACCAAGCUUUCCCUGUACAUGUCUAAGGAUGCCGAAGGUGAACCGGCAUGUAAGCACAUUUUCAAGAUCCCUCUGUGUAACUUGGUGGGGCGCAGCAUCGAAAGACCCCUCAAGUCCCCCCUGGUGAAUAAGGUGCUGACGACGCCGGGCCCCCCCGUGGCGCCGCCAUCGCCCCUCAUCUCCGCCACGCACUCGCUGUCCCUCUCACGCAUGGAAAUCAAGGAGAUAGCCAGCCGUACGCGCAAGGAGCUGCUUGGCCUGACGGAGGAACCGAGUGGAAAGCCGGACAGCGGGACGGUCAAACAGAGGAAGAUGAGCAAGAAGAGCACCGAGGACGACCCCAAACCGCGAGCCCUGACGUCGACCAACAGCGACAGGUUGGCCUCGGAGUCCGUCGAAGAAGACCUGGAGGUCCAGCUGCAUCGCUCGCCCAGCUCGGAGGCCGAGCCAGAGAUGGUGGCGCUGCGAGAGGAGAGCCCGCCCCUCGCCAGCGCAUUCGCCCUGUCCACGUCCUUCGAAGAAGAAAUCCUGGACCUGAAGUGAACGAGACAAUCCCGCCCUGCACUUUUCUGCCCCUCCGCUCCUGUAUUGUCACUAUUAUUUGUAUUGUUUUAAUCUAUAUGGUUUUUAAAUGAGUUUUCUUGCCUUUUUUUUGUCAUUUUGCAUCCCUGUGUCCCAGUCAUUAGACCAGAUGAGUGCAGAGGGGGGGUGGAAGAUGCCUGCGUGCACACGCCACUGUGUGACGGCUCGCUGCGUGUGUGUGUGUGUGUGUGUGUGUGUGCGCCGCAGGAGAAUAACCCAAAGAGGCGGUUGAGGUUGAGUCAGGUGCCCGUGGUUUAUUAGAUAAUGUUACCGGAUUGAUCCCAAAAACACAAAACUGAAUGUAAAUCUGCGCACCAAGGCACGACAAAAAUCCCCGUCUUACUAGAGCUUAUUAUGUGUUGUAUAUUAUGUGAUUAUUUCCGAUCCACUCUCAAAUGUUGUAUGAUAUGCUCCGUGUGUGUACAUCUGUUUAUACAUGAAAAAGCAUAGACAGCGACAGGCACGUAUGCCUGUGAUGCAUAUUUAUAGAUAUAUUAUAAAAUCAAUUUUAUUCCAAUAUUUAGUGACAGUAUGAAUUUUUAUGCUCUCUGCACAUCCUAGUCAUUAUUCUCCCGAUUCACAGUAUGCAGGUAGACACGGCCGGGGGGGGCAAAGUCUUCCACAUGGGCCAUUUCCCAGCAUCCUCCACUGAUCUACUCCUCUCACAGCCACCCGGUGUCUUGACAGUAGCAGCCAUGAUUGUAGUCCUCAUCGGAUUACAAUAUGGCGUCCCACAACUCCAUUCAGCCUGGAUAGAUUCACUCACCGGAGGUUCCUCACUCAUAAGAAUGAGGCGUUCUUAAAACUGCAUGACAUGUUUGCUUCCUGUAACGGGACUUCUGCUCCCUAAUUGCUUCCAUGGAAACUUUAACGUCUGCGACAUCGUAAACAAACGUCAAACCCGGUUGAGGACAUCGUCAUGGCGGUAUUCGCCUCAUUCGCACGUUUCAGGAUUUCUUCAACCACGUUCAAAUGAGUGGCUGGAACGAUGAGAAGUGGAGUGAUGUCACAAGAAGAACUCUUUAAACCUAAAACUGUCUCUUCAAUUUCAUCAUUUCCCCUCCUCGCACACCAUUCUUUUUUACUGAAGCGUAGAAAAACUGACUCUCAAUCCAACGUUACGCCGGCAAAAAAAUGUCAGGAGCAAGAACCCUGACAGUUUAAACAAUUUAAGUGAUUUGCAAUUAAGAUAACUGAACUCUCUGACCCAGGAGUCCCUCCGCCGUGACCAACACACCCCUGAUGUCCCACAAUCACAACUCCUAAAUACUUUAUUCACGCGCUCCUUCUUAUAAAGUGAAGCCGGCAUGGCGGUUUAGCUCCCAGACAUCCAUCGAACAUUUCCCAAGCAGUGCAGCUCCGCCACAUCGUUUCAGCAGCCGGUACUCAAUCGCACUCGUUGCAUAAGUCCUGUGAGUGAGUGCGAACGAAACCGAAAGGCGAUUCCGAGUGGUGCAAUGUGAGGCAGCGGGUGAGGCCCAAGGCGAGCGCUCUUUGGGGGUCCAACGCAGACUGGGAGCAGUGGGUUUCGGACUUUGCUAACGUGAGCACGAGGAACUUGCAUGAGCCUCCUAAUCUUUACCGCUCGCGCCUCCUGUUCUCCCGCCCGUAUCGGUGUGAACACUAGAACACAACUCAGAAAGACUAUAAAGGGAAGUAUAAGAACGGGGGGGGGGUUUAAGAAGGUACUUUAGUGUUUAUUACUCUGGGUGACUUGCCGGAUACCAUUACGGAUUGUGACGCUGCUUCCCACACGUAUAAUGUUCCUACUUCUCUUGUAUUUCUGUCAAGUACUCUUUGUUCCUACCUCCCCUUGGCAUUUCCACUGUUUUUUUGUUCCGUUCUUUGUAUUUUUAAUCAAUAUUUACUGUUUAGACUGUUGCUGAACCUCUCUGUGAUAUCAAAAUGAAAGAAAAUGAACAAAAAAAACACCAAGUGUCUUAAAAUAUUGUAUCGCCAUUGUUUUUAAUGCCAAGUACUACUUGUAAAUGUUUGUGUAUCAAAUGUGGCCUCAAAUGAAACUGAACUAUAUUAUUAUUGAUAUUAUUAUGAAUAUUAUUUGAGCAAUUAUUUUAAACAAGUGCUGUAGACCACUGCUGUGAAAGUAGUCGAUUCUGUUCGUUGAUAUGUAAUAAAUAUUUAUGAAAACA